UCACAACGUCUUGUGUUCAAAAUAAGGAAACUUUACGUAGACUCUCAAUAUUUGGAUACGGUUUGCCACUAACUCGAAAUAGGUUUUCAAUAUAAAGUGCGCGCUUUAUUAAAAUGCUCGUGUGGUGUAGGUCAAACACCUUUGAAUUGCUUAAGACACCUCGACCGCAAAGAAAAGCCGCCUCGAAUGCUUUAACUGGGCUACCUAUAUAAUUACUAGAUAGUAAUUAACUUUGUCUCUAAAUAACCUUCAAUUUAAUAACCGCCGCCGCCGCCGCGAUAGGAAAUUUUGGCUUAUGCUAUAAAUGUAGGUGUAGUGAGCGUUUUGUGUUUUAAUUAUUAUUCAUCUCAACCAAAAAAAAAUCAAUCGAAUCGAAUCGAAUACAUAAAAAUAGGGAGAUACGCAACAAGCAAUAAAAAUGAUACACUUGGGCUAAUAACACAUGAAUACAUAUUUGUCAAUCUUUUGUUCUAGUUGACACUAGAAGCCUUAGCGUCAAUUGGGAGGAGGCAUCAUUAAUAGUGCGAACGAUUUUGGAAAUGUUUUUAAUACCACAAUGAUAUCUUUUGCUCAAAAUUUCUAUGGAACAAAAUACAAAUUCACUUUUUAUGAACACAUCAAAGUUGGAUUUAUAAUUAAUACGCUUGAUAAAAUAUCGCGACCGUAAUUUGUCUGAGCGUUUCAAAAAAAAAAAAGAAAAUAAAUAAUAAAGAAAUAAGUAGCUUGCAAUUGAAAAUAAGUGCACGCGGCAUCGACGGAAAUUGAUCGUGUUUCAUUUUGCUAGAUUGAUUUUAAUUAUUAUGGAUGAAGGGUUUUUGAACACAGGAUCUAAGGGAUAUAAAAGUGAAUGCCAGAGUGGUCUUUAAAAUAAUAAUAAAAAAAGAAAAAAUAAAAACGUUAAGUGUUUAAUAGAUUUGUUUUCUUCCCCCGAACCCAAAUUAAUGAGAAAAUAAAAUAAGCUUUAUUUGAAAUGUGGUACACCCAUCCCCUGGGCAAAAAAAAAAUGGUUGAAUAAUUCUUUUGAACGUGUGUACAGUUAUUUCUUCAAGAAAUGAUAGAAAAAGAAGAAGAAAUUUUAACCAAAAUAUACAUAGUUAAAAAGUGUCGAAGUGAAAAUAAAAAUCUUUUAUCAAAAUGAAGUUAAUUGCGUGCAAUUAAGGAUAAAUAACAUAAAGUUCUACGUUUCCUUGUGGAUAACUUUCAAUCAAUAUUGUUGGAUAAUACAAAAAUGAUAUACAGCAAUUCAACACUAAAUAAACACUUAAAUGCAUUCGGUCAAAGUUCCAAUGUUCUUGAGUGAAUUAAUAAAUCACAUAACGAAAUCGUCACUUUUAAACGAAAGAAAAACAACAAAAAUUAUUAAAAUAAAAUUAAAACAUUUCUAUCAACAACAAUAUACAAAAUAAUUAUUCCAGCUCAAUACAACGAACGUUUCUGUCACUGCAGAAAUUAUCCGGCUUCUACAAAACCUAUUGCUAUCAGUUCGAAAAACUAUCCAAAGCGCAACAGACACCUCUAUCCGUGCGGACAUAAGUCAUAAUAUUUACACUUCCUCUACUUUUCCCGCCAAUUCUUAAUUGAAAAUUAAAAAAAAAAAAACUGACGCUUAAUUAAAGUUAUUAAUUAUACGCAAUUUAUAUAGAAUAACUUGCAGGGAAAUUGAUACCCCAUAAGCUAAGAGGUCAAGUAAUUGUAUAAUUACACCUAUCGAAGCUUGCAGGCAGCAGGUACAAUAGAAAAUAUACCUACCUGUAAGUCCGACCUUGAGCUUCGGAGUGCGCUAAUCGAUAUUGCGAGAGUGUGUGCUAAAUAGUCCAUAACAAUAAAAUAAUAAGUCUCUAGUGAUGUGUGGUACAACGGUCUUGGUGUCACGAUGAAUUUGUUUGAUAUUAAAAUGGCUCUUCUGGAAAUAAGUUAAUCAAACGCGGGUUUAUUGUAGCAUCCUUGCUUUUCGGGUUUUUGUUGUGUUCUUCUAUUUUUUUUAAUUAAAUUUUCUCGGAAAUAUGAUCUCUAUGCACAACACGUCGUUUGAGGUCCUUGGCCAUAAUUUACCGGCCUACAUGGAUGACUACAAGGGCUUCUUAAUGGCUGUUAAUAACACAUCAGUGAUAGUUGCACCUUCGACUUCAUACUCCUCGGCGGUCUAUGACCCGCUGUUGAUGCAAAUUUCAAACGACACCUAUCCCAUCCAGCUGGAGCAUGCCCCACAGCUAACAAGGUCGUCGAUUAUAAAAGUUAUUGUACUGUCAAUUAUGGGCAUAAUUUCGAUGCUAGGCAAUGUUGCAACAAUGUGGAACAUCUAUAAGACUCGCAUGAGCCGGAGGGCUUCGCGUCAGAGCUGGAGUGCGAUUUAUUUGUUGAUUUUUCAUUUGUCUAUUGCGGAUGUUCUAGUGACUGGAUUUUGUAUUAUCGGUGAAGCUGCCUGGAGUUAUACGGUUCAAUGGUUGGCAGACGACUUCACCUGCAAAAUGGUGAAACUUUUUCAAAUGUUCAGUUUAUAUUUGUCGACUUAUGUGUUGGUGCUAAUUGGCGUUGACCGCUGGAUUGCUGUGAAAUAUCCAAUGAAAUCACUGAACAUGGCUAAAAGGUGCUACAGGCUGUUGGGGGGAGCGUAUGUGUUGUCAAUUUUCCUCAGUUUACCACAGUUUUUUAUAUUCCGAGUAGCAAGAGGACCUUUUAUAGAAGAGUUCUACCAAUGUGUUACCCAUGGUUUCUACACAGCAGAAUGGCAGGAGCAGUUUUACAACACGUUUACAUUAUUCUUUACCUUCAUAAUUCCAUUGUGCAUAUUGUUUGUUACUUAUAUGUCAACAUUCAAAACAAUUUCAGAUAGUGAAAAAAUGUUCCAAGGAUCCAAGUUGGCUGUAUACACUAACAAACCAACAGUUCAAACGAAUCGACAACGGCUCAUACAAAAAGCUAAAAUGAAGUCCUUGCGCAUUUCAGUUGUGAUAAUUGCUGCAUUUUUAAUAUGCUGGACCCCCUACAAUGUGAUGAUGAUAAUAUUUACCUUUCUUAAUCCAGAUAAAAGGCUGGGAGAAGACCUUCAAUCAGGAAUCUUUUUCUUCGGCAUGUCGAACAGUCUAGUGAAUCCCCUAAUCUAUGGUGCAUUCCAUCUGUGUCCGCUUAAACGAAAAAAGAGUAGAUACAAUCAUCACAGUCUCACCAGAGGGGACUCACAGAGAUCUCCGUCAAUGAUGACCAAUGUAACACAAGUCGACAGCAAUGGCCGGCAAACAAGAACGUUUCGUCAGGCAAGUUACUAUCGAACGAAUAGUAGUUGCAGCACCAAGGAGCAAUUAAGUCUUCUCAAUACUCCACCAGUUCGCACAAACCUACCCAGAGUAGUUUCGACACGUUUGAAGGCUAUGCAGAAUGGUUCAGCAAUUCCCAUCGUCCUCAAUGGACAAAAUGGCGUUUCGACGUUACUAAAUCCAAAUGACGACGUAUCGAGUGUGUAGUAUGAAUUUUGCUGGCGUCACGAUUGCUGGUGUAAAUACAACUAGAUACAGAGUCAGCUACCGGAUGCACUGCGAUGAAUAAAAUUUACUAUAUUAUUUCAAACAACGAGUUUAACCCAAUAUUUAUGAAGAAUAUUAUAAGAGUCUGUGCUGAACGACACGACCGGACUGUGUACUGUGCCAAGUCGAUGCAGUUGCAGUAAGACGAAUAAAACGUUGGAUCUUCUUUUCCUAAAUAAGUUAAUUUAUAUACUCCAUGUAAAAAUGUACAUAAAUAAUAUACAUAACAUUUAUAUAUAUAUAUAUUUUUAAAAAGGCAUAAUGUAUAGUUGAUUAAGAUUAAGAUGUCUUGACAUACAAGAAAAAACGAAUAUGAAAACGAAAACAAAAAUAAAUGCAAAACCAAUAUUGUGAUUUUAUAUUAUGAAUAAAAGUUUGGGAAUACCUACAAAUUUUUGACUUCGAUUAGAAGGUAUGUUUGUGACAAGAAUUUUAAACUUAAAAUAGUGUUUUUAUGGCUAAAGUGAACUUUAAGAUCACGGCCGCUGAGUUUUUUCAAAUCUUUAAAUGUUAAAAUUAAAGCAAAAAAAUGUUUCAUAUUUUUAGGCCAUUUUACUUUGUAUAUUACAACUUAUAUAUAUAAUGAGUUUUUUUAAUAAAAUUUUAAGGCCAAUUUAAAAAUAA